GUUGAAAUAUGCUGCCAGCCUAUGCUUGGCACUUUAGUUCACUCACUGACUUGCCUGCCUGUGUUGAUAUAUGUGACUGGUAGAUUGGAUACAGCUGUGAUUGAUAUUGGACCUCCUGCUGAUUGGGUAAAAAUCAAUGUGCAAAAAACUAAGGAUUGCUUUGAGGUAUAUGCUUUAGUUCCUGGUGAAAAUGUAACAGAUUUCAGUCUGACAUCUGCUGCAUUGGAUACUAAUUCGAAAGGGAAGGACAAGAUUAGGUCUGAUCAGGAUGAAGAUGAAAUUAUAACCCCUUCUGAUGCUGUUGUGGGUGAAACAUGUGAAGGGGAGUCUAAAAUGGCAGUUAAGGAUGCAAUGAAUGUUGGCUUGUCAACUGUAUCAGAUCCCCACAAAGCUGAAGUGAUGCCAGAUAUAUUGCCUGAAAAUAAGAUAUAUGCUGAUGAAAAUGUGAGAGAUUGCGUUUUUACAUCUGAACUGGGAACUAGUUUGAAGGGAAAGGAUGAGAUCGAAACAUAUGUUGAAGAAGUUGAAAUUAUAGUCCCUUCAGAUACUGGUGUUGGUGAAAAUGAAGAUGACUCUGCAAUAUCAGUUAGAGAUGCAGUUAACUUGGAUCCUCAAGUGGCUGGUGGAGCUGUUAAUCUGAAGGAAAAAGACAGUGCCGAGUUCCCUUCUGUGCUUGGCCAAGAUGAUUCCCCACUUGGUUCAAAUUCUGUUGUAAUAACAAAUGCUUCAAUACGUGAUGUACAGUUAGAGUCUGCUCAUGUUCAGUUUUCUAAUUCUUGUGAUGCUCAGACUUUACUUGAAAAAGAAGAAGAAAAUACUAAUUCUAAUAUCCUUCCUACAAGUGUUGAUAGAACUGAACUUCAGCUCAAGCUCUGAUAAACGACACUGCAAAAGAAUGGAACUCACCGGCAUAUUGGAUACAAUUAGUAUGUUGCUCAUCAGUGGAUCUUCAGAGAAGGCAAAAAACUGCCAUAUGAUGGUUAUGGUUAUAGUUAUAGUUAUUUUUAUGCUAUUUGGGGUCUUAUCUGCUUCUAGAGUUGAGAUAUAUAUUUUGA